AUGACAGUGCUUCCAUAUCUAUACGUGCGAGACGACACCACAACGACAACCACCGAUACCCAGAAUAAUGAGAAACAAUCUGCAUACAUCCAGUGGGGUAGAUACUGCAUCGCGCCAGCUAUCAUCAUAUUCAUUGCGAUUGUGAUAUUCGCGAUCAACUGGAGUCGUGCAAGAAAUGGGAUGAGGCCUAUGAAGGGAACAGCAUGGUUGUCGCCUACUGUGUUUUGUAGGUAUGACAUUAAUGAUGGUGUGCAGCCAAUACAGCAAGUACCCAAGACGAACUAUCCUACUGUGGUAUACAGCGAUCCACCGGUGGACAUAACUCCUCCAGCAUACACAGAAGCCACCAAUCCCAUUGACAUGGGCGUGGGCUACUACAGCGAGGGAGGCCAGUUUGUGCAGACGGCGCCUAAUUUGUACGAGGCAAGAGACGUUCCGGUAGAGAAACCAAAGGCUGCCGCUGCUGGUCUUUAUGACCAACAAAGCUCGAGCGUGGAACGUUCGGGGAAAUAUUGA